AUGAGCAACAACACCGACUACUUUACAAAUCCAAAGAAUCACCCAGAUAAUGCUCAUCUACCGACUCUGAACCAACCCGCUACCAUCUUGGGAAUAACGAUUGCUUUCCUGGGCGUUGCCAUUCUCACCGUGUGCCUGCGGUUAUGGGUUCGUCUCAAGGAUCGGCUCUGGGGCUGGGAUGACUUCUUUGUCGUUCUUGCAGCCAUUGCAAGCUUUGUGGGCGAUAUCAUGGUGUGUCGGAUGCCGAAAGAUGGCCUAGGUCUGCACCUGUGGACGCUGGACUGGACACAUCUCGUCAAUUAUUUCAAGCACAUUUACUCCACCAACGCUGCAUAUGCUGCUAGUUCGACCCUGAUCAAGUUGUCGAUUCUCUUUCAGUAUCUGCGGCUGUUUGCCGAAACUGCACCAUCAACUUCAACCCGCAUAUAUCACCUCUCGCGGCGUCUCACGUGGGGCAUGAUUGCCGUGUGUAGUGCGUGGGGCUUGACCUUUUUUCCCCUCGCACUCUUUUCAUGCAGACCCAUUGCAAAAAACUGGGAUCCGCUGGUGCCAGGUAAAUGCAUUGGCUGGGGCAGCAAGGACCCGGAGGAGUUCUUCGCCAUGUUUCUGGGCCAUGCUGUUAGCAACUCGGUGCUCGACAUAUUGGUGCUGCUACUGCCAGUUCCAUUCAUGACUGCACUGAGGAUUGCAGGCAAGAGCCGAGCGGGGUUGAUUGGCUUGUUCAUUAUGGGAUCCAGUGCAGUAGUAGUGGCAAUAGGCCGCAUCAUUGCUCUUUCAGUCAACCGCGCUGGUACGGUGCCUGUGAUUGACAUGUCGUUCUAUACGCCGCUCGUGUACAUCUUUGCCGUUCUGGAGGUCAACUUCGCCAUCAUCACGGCUUCUAUCCCCAUCUUCUGGCCCGCCAUUGCGACGCUGGCAUCCAACAAGAUCUUUGUCGUCAACGAAGUCGAGAUUCGUGUCGAGGACGUGACGAGGCAUGAGAGCUUUGAUUCCAACGGUGGCAUUAGCCUGAACGACCGAAAAAGCACACCAAGUGGAGAAAACAAGAUGGGCGUCGUCACGAGGGUCUCGGAUCACAUCACUCGCAAGUCUGGCGAGAAGCUUUCGCUAAGCACCCACGACCGAAAGCCAAGCAAAGGGUCUCUAUCAGUGCGGUCUGCAGGGCUGGGCCAUACCGGCCGUUCGCCCAGCAAUGCCUCGUCGAUUGGGAAUUCCUUUGCCGACUUUGGCACCCGUCCAAGCCAAGACUCUCUACACCACCUAUACCGGACAUGCAGUCGCGAGAACCAGAGUUCAAAGAGCCUGACGCGGGAAGACAGUGACGACUGGUUUGCGGAAAUGGACCGAGCCAACGCUCGUGCACAGGCGACGAGUGCUCAGGCGACGAGUGCUCCGACGUCACCAUUGCCGUUUGAGAACAUGAAGCCGUCUGAUACGAAGUAAGGUGGAGCUACGGGGGGGGGGAGGGGAGAGACAUGGUGGGGGGAGGGGAUGGGGAUGCAUGCAUUGGCUUUUGUCGUUCUUUCAUUUGAUACCCUGCAGCAGC